UCAUUUUUAGACGAUCACGAACUAGUGUAGAGUGAACUUCUUAUUCGAAUUUCGGGUGAAUUGAAAAACCAUCGCAUAUACAAAAAAUUAAAAACCGUAUAUAUUUGAAAAAACAAACAAAAAAAUUGCAAAAAAAAAAAAAUUUAUAAUCGAAUUUUAAUUUUAAUUUUUUGUAUUAACGCAACACAGCACCACCGACUCAAAAUCUAAAUUUCUAAUCUAAAAAAAAAAAUUUUUAAGCGAAUUAUUUAACAAAAAAAAAAAAAAUUAAAACAUAAAAUUACAAAAAUGGUUUACACAAGUGAUUAUUACACGACCAGGUCUUAUUCAUCAAGACCAGUAGUUUCUUCGUAUACAGUUUCGUAUCCAGUUUCCUCAUACUCGACAGGAAAAUCUACCGUAUAUACUGCUUCAAGUUACCCACUCUCAUCCUACACAAGCAGAGUAAUUCCCUAUUAUAGCAGCAGAGUUUAUACAUCUCCAGUUCGAGUAAUUACAACACCUAUCAGCACAUAUUCAUCACGUGUUUAUAGAUCUCCAUCACCGGUAAGAACAAUUACAACAACACGUAUUGUCAGAUCACCAUCCCCUGUUCGUGUAAUAUCAACACCAAUCACAUACACCCGUGUGAUCAGCUCUCCAGUUCGUGUUAUUUCUUCACCAAUUCGUUAUUUUUCAUAUCCAACAUACAGGCCAUAUAUUGCCAGUCCAUACAUUGACACAGAAAUUUCACCUCGUAUUAGUUUGAGAACAACUCCAGCAACACUUGCUCGUGAAUAUGACAGAAUAUUGAAUAAAGUAAGACCACGCUAUGGUUAUCGUCCUCUUGAUGAAUACUUAAAUUCAGAAGCAUUUAUUAAUUUCGAUUCAGAAACAAGAAGAAUUCGAAAUGAUGCACACUCUGUAUUGAGAGAAAUUCAUAGUAAAGUACCACACCGUGCUAGAAGUAUAACACCAUACUACACCAUAGAUGAUGCUCCAAAUAGUUUGAGCGGUCUUAAAUCUUAUGUAUCAAGAAUUACUGAUCCAACAAGACAUAUCAUCAGAGAAGUUAGAUCAAUGUCAUUGAUUCCUGAAUCACCAAGGAAAUAUAUGGGUGCAAAAUCACUAAGUGUAUUGGAUCCAAAUAGGCCAUCAAGAAAAUUUUCAGCGAAACAGGAAAUUUCAGAAGAUCCAAAUCAGGAACUUAAAGAUAAACAACGUGAAAGAGCCGAAAGACUCGCAGCAAUAUCCGAAGAAACUGAUAAAUUAAAAGACAAAAUACACGAUGAAGCUAGAUUAGAAAAACAAAGAAAACAAGCAGAAGAAGCUGCAAGAAUCGCAGCUGCUGAAGCACAAGCUAAAGCCGCUGCCGCAGCAGAAGCUAAAGCUAAACUCGCUGCUGAAGCAGAGUCUAAGGCUAGAGCUGCAGCAGAAGCAGAAGCUAGGGCAGCUGCCGAAGCAAAAGCCGCCGCUGAAGCUGAAGCUGAAGCUAGAGCUGCCGCUGAAGCUGAAGCAAAUGCCGCUGCUGAAGCGGCAGCAAAAGCAGCAGCCGAAGCAGAAGCUAAAGCUGCUGCCGAAGAACAAGCUAAAGCAGCUGCCGAGGCUGAAGCUAAGGCUGCUGCUGAAGCAGAAGCUAAAGCAGCUGCCGAAGCCGAGGCUAAAGCAGCUGCUGAAGCUGAGGCCAAAGCUGCUGCUGAAGCCGAGGCUAAGGCAGCAGCCGAAGCUGAAGCUAAAGCAGCCGCUGAAGCAGAAGCGCAAGCUAAAGCUGCCGCCGAAGCUGAAGCUCAAGCAGCUGCCGAGGCUGAAGCAAAAGCCAUUGCUGAAGCUGAAGCAAAGGCCGCCGCAGAAGCGGAAGCUGCUGCCGCUGAAGCCGAACCAGUUGCUGAAGCAGAACCACAAGCUCCUGCUGAAAGCGAAGAUGUUGCUAAUGAAACUCCUAGUGCAACUGAAGAUGCUCAAGACACAAAACCAGCUGAAGAAACUAGCCAAGAAGAGACUGUUGAUCCUGAAAAAGCUGAAGCAGAUAGAAUUGCUGAAGAACAAAGACUGUUAGAAGAACAAAAACAAAAAGAAGAAGAAUUACGUCGUUUAGCUGAAUUUGAAAAGAAUGCUAAAGAUGAAGAAGAAGCUGCCUUAGCGAGUCAAGCAGCUGAACUAGCUGAAAUUGCUAGACAAGAAGUCGACAUAACAGCCAAAAAAUUAGAAGAAGUUCAAAAUAUUGUUAAUGAAGAAAAUGUAGAACCACAACUUAAUGGUAAUCAAGCAGAAGAAGAGAGUGCGCUUGUUGAAGAAUAAUUAAUUUUUUUUUUUAAGUUUGACUUUUUACCAUUUUUUUAUAUUGAAAAAAUGUUUUUCUGAAAAUGCAAACUUAAUCAUAAUGAUUUUUUAUCGUUUUAUACAUAUACAUAUUCUUUUCUAUAUUGUUUUUACUUUUUUAUUGAAUUAACUUCAAAAAUUGAAAUAGUAUUUAAAAAUUUUGAAUAUUUUUAUAUUGUUAUUGGAUGUUAUUAAUAAAUUUAUCGUUAUUGUUAUAUGUAAAUGUUAUUU